AUGCUGGGAGCGGCGGCAGGCAUUCCUCAGCAGCAGCAGCAGCAGCAGCAGCAGUCCUCGCCUGCGCCGUCACCCCCUCCGCCCGCACCGCGGCCCACCUAUGUGAGCGAGUCUGGCAACUGGGACGAGGACGAGGGGGAGGAGGCGGACGCGGAUGACCCGGCCGCCGCCGGCCGCUCGCCCUACGGCGCGCGCGUUGCCGCAGCGUACUCCCUGGCCCGCAGCAGCCCCGCCGCCGCCGAGCGCCAGCUGGCGGCGCUGCUGGCCGAGGCGCCCGCGACGUCUGCAGCCUGGUUCGUGUGGGCCCAGGUGGCGGCGGGGAGCCGGCGGCCGGCGAUGGCGCGAGACUUAUUCCGUGCGGCUGCCGCGGCCGCCAAGGCGGAGUUGUCUGCGGCGGAGGCGGCGCGCGCCCCCCUGGCGCUGUCGCAGCCUAUGAGCGCGCGGCUGGCCAAGGUGCUGCGCGUGUGGGCGCGCAUGGAGUGGGACGUCAGCCUCAACGGCGCCGCGCGGCGGCUGUGGCGCGCAGCUGCCAACGAGGCGUUCCGCUACCCGCGGCGGCUGGCGGCCGGCGUGGGCGGCGUCGUGCUGCACGCCUGGGCUGCUGCCGAGUACGAGCGCGACAACCUGCGCAACGCGCGCAUCGUCAUCGGCGAGGCGCUCCGCAAGUGCUCCAACGACACGGCGGUCAACGUGCUGGGCGGCUCCAUCGUCGCGCGCGGCGGCGACGUGGAGGGUGCGCGCGCGCUGUUCCUGCGCGCCUACCAGCUGGACCGGCGCGAGCGGCGCGAGAAGCAGCUCUACAUCGCGUGGCCGCGGCUCGAGGCGGAGGCCGGCAACGCGGAGCGCGCGCGCGUGCUGUACCAGCGCGGCCUGGCAGCACACCCCAAUAGCGCCAAGCUACUCAACGUGUACGCCUCCUUCGAGGCCAAGCAGGGCAACGCUGACCUGGCGCGCCAGCUGCACGCGCAUGCGCUGACCCUGGACCCGCGCAGCGCCACCACGAUGCACAACCGCGUGAGCUGGGCUACGCUGGAGCUGGACGGCGGCAACGUGGAAGCCGCGCGGCAGCUGCUGCGGGAGGGGCUGGACCUGCACCCAAGGUUUGGUGCGGCGCUGGUGCUGAUGGCGCGGCUGGAGCGGCAGGCCGGGGACUACGACCUGGCGGAGGCCUACGUGAGGCGCGCCUACAAGGCCGGCCACGCGUUUGAUCCUGCCGCGAUGGGGGAGCUGGCUGCCAUCUAUGAAGCACGUGGUGAGGCCGCCCUGGCGGCAAACCUGCGGCGUCACCUGGCCAACAAGAUUGCUAUGCGCGACGCCAAGCGCAGCGGCAGUGCCUGGGCCAGCGAGGCAUGGGUCCGCUAUGCGGAGGCCACGCGCAGCGCGGAGCAGCGCCAGGUCGUGGCGGCGGCCCGGCGGCGAAAGAAGGAGCUGGGCCUCAUCCGCCCUCGCGACAGCAGCCUGGGCGGUGCAUUCGGCGAUGACUGGGGCCAGGCGCAUGAUGCGUACCAGCCUGCCUAA